CAAAUCCUCUCUAAAACAAUGCCAGAUUAGAUAAAACUCAUAUCGACAUUGCACCACAAAACACCUCCACGUACGUCUAAAAGCCACAAAAGAAUUCAAAAAACAUGUUUCCAACGGGCGAAAAUGACCCGGCCGUUGAGGAAAUUAGCAUGCCAGUUUUUUCAGAAGGGUCGUCCCCUGUUGUUUCCGAGCCGCCGUCAUUAACCCGCGAGCAAGAACGACUGGACCAAGGAACAAGACGGCCGAUUCCAGUCUCCACAAUCGACUGGCAAACUUCGAUGACGUCCCACUUUUCGCCUCUCCACGGCUUGGAUUUUUUGAAAGACGUGCACCAAAUCAUAAUUCAGCAAACUGUUGAACUAACAGACCUGAUGGCAAGUCUCGAGUCGGAGAAUCGCUACACAGUUAAAGUGCCAAGAGGCGAAACGAUUUACUAUGCGACCGAAAGCUCGACUUCAUUUCAGCGAACUUGUUUCGGAUCAAGUCGAGCUUUCGCAAUGAGACUUUACGACCCGACCCAACAAGAAGCUAUACAGUUCAGGAGGCGGCUGGCUUGUGGCUCCUGCUGCUCGAUUUUCCUCUAUUUACAGGAACUUGAAGUUUGGAUUCCACCCGGAGAGUAUGUGGGGAAAGUCAAGCAAAAAUUUAAUGCGACUAAACCCUGCUUUGUGAUUUACAACAAACAGAUGGAUAUUAUCUACAGGAUUGAGGGACCGGAGUCUGCGUUCGGGUGCAUGUGGAGCAAAAACCACAACUUUCAGAUCUUCACCAGCGACGGAAUGACGCAAAUUGGAAGCAUCAUCCAUCAGUGGGACCAAGUCCAGGUCGCUUACAAUUUGUUCAUGCAAAUGCCGGGGCAGGAAAACAACACCCGACACAAAGCACUGCUCCUUGGAGCUGCCUUCCUUCUAGAGUAUAUGUAUUUCGAGAGUGCCAAAAAGCGACAAGGUUGUAAAUGUAUUUGUUAGUCAAGGAGUUUUAUGUACUUAUAUUAGUGUUAAUAAAGAAAACUUCGUGUUUUUAA